CAAGUUUGUCACACAUUAUAUAUAAGAGCCAACCCAAUUUUUAUGAAAGUAUUAGGUUGUCUGUCUCAUCACAUACAAUUCUCUUGAAUUUAUUUAUAUAUCCAACAUUAAAAGAGAUGACAGAAGUUGUACCAAUUAUGAGGAUUGAUAGAAAAUCAUCAAUUGAAUUUGAGCCUCGUACUCUUAAUUUCCAACAAAUUCAAUCUGCAAGGGAUGCAGCUUUGUGCGUAUUAAAUUCUAGGAGUAUAGAAGAAGCAAAUCGAAUAUUUACAGAGGGUAUGGCGCCCGUAGUAACCGGUGCAAGCCGAACUACCUCAUGCUCAAUCGCAACGAGUGGAUGUAGAGAUGAAGAAGAGGAUGUGUAUCAAACAUAUAGCAAUCAACAUCUCAUAAUGGACACUUCAAGGGAGGCAUUCACUGCUCCAUUUUAAGCCCUUUAUUAGUCAUGCUUUCAGUUUCUCUUCAUGUAGUACUGUAGUAGUGCAUUUUAACCUGCUUCUGUAAAUAUAGCAGCAAUCCAGCAUCUUUUUUGUUCCUUUUUAAUACGUUACUAGGAAGAGUCUUUUUAGUUAAAGAAACAAACAACAAACUUUGUAUAUUUUGUUCAAGGUUUAUAUGGACCGCCUAGUAGCAAUUGUUACAAUGUAUUUGUUCAUGAUUAUCAAUAGUUGUUGGGUAUGCCUCAAAAUUUUUAAGGCCUAAUAUCUUGUUGGAGUGUUUGUGCGUGUUCUAGAGGUUUUUGGAAAAACCAAGCAAAAUUACUUCGUAUUUUCUUGAACUUAAUAGGCUAGGAGUUAUGAAUCAAUAAACUUGAGCCUUUUGUCUUUAAAUUUAAAAUUUUCAAUUGAAUUAGUCAAACGUUGUCCAAGUAACAGUGCAAAAUUGA